AUGCUUGCGGAGGAGAAACCUCAAAAGACAUACCCGACAACUGCUGAGGUAGUGGACGAGAUAAAGAGAAUGGCAGACAUAGGUUUCCCAAUAGCAACCAUGAGUCUUGUGGGUUACCUUAAAAACAUGAUCUUAGUUGCGUGCAUGGGAAGGUUGGGAAGUCUCGAGUUAGCUGGUGGUGCUUUAGCCAUAGGAUUCACCAACAUAACCGGUUACUCUGUCCUAUCAGGUUUAGCCAUGGGCAUGGACCCUCUUUGCACCCAAGCUUUUGGUUCACGAAACUUAUCCUUGGUCUCUCUCACAUUACAAAGGACAAUUUUCAUGUUAUUGCUAGCUUCACUACCCAUUUGUCUCUUGUGGCUCAAGCUUGAACCUUUCAUGCUAUGUCUUCAUCAAGACCCUGAUAUAACCCGAGUGGCAAGCCUCUAUUGUCGUUUCUCAAUCCCUGACCUCAUUGCCAAUAGCUUCCUUCACCCAAUUCGAAUCUAUUUACGUGGCAAAGGGACAACUUGGCCACUAAUGUUGUGCACUUUACUUUCCACUCUUAUACACAUCCCACUCGUUACUUUUUUGACCUUCAAACUUCACCUUAGUGUACCCGGGAUUGCUAUUUCAUCUUUUGUUGCAAACUUCAACACCCUUUUCUUCCUUCUAUCAUACAUGUUCUAUAUGCACGUCUCAUCAAAAGAGUCACUGUCUAUGCCAUUAUUGAUAUCAUGCCCCUUGUCACAACCACAAAAUUCAACUAGUGUUAAUAAUAAUAAUACCACUACUACUACUACAACACUAGGCAAAGAAUGGGGUAUGCUAAUUAGGUUCUCUAUACAAAGUUGUCUAGGUGUGUGCUUGGAGUGGUGGUGGUACGAGUUCAUGACAAUUCUAGCAGGUUACCUUUAUAACCCUCGUGUUGCUCUAGCCACUGCUGGCAUAGUGAUACAAACCACUUCACUUAUGUACACAUUGCCAACAGCACUAAGUGCAUCAGUGUCAACUAGAGUAGGGAACGAACUCGGGGCGGGUCAACCCGAAAGGGCAAGGUUGUCAACUAUAGUAGCAAUAGGAAUGGCCCUUGCAAGCUCAAUAUUGGGUUUGUUGUGGACCACAUUAGGGAGGGAAAAAUGGGGAAGAGUGUUCACAAGUGACAAAGAGGUGUUAGAAUUGACCAUGGCUGUGUUACCAAUAAUUGGAGUGUGUGAGCUAGCAAAUUGUCCACAAACAACAAGCUGUGGAAUACUUAGAGGAAGUGCAAGACCUGGUGUUGGGGCAGGGAUAAAUUUUUACUCAUUUUACUUGGUGGGAGCACCAGUGGCCAUAGUGUUGGCAUUUUUUUGGAGACUAGGGUUGGUGGGUCUAUGUUAUGGGCUGCUUGCAGCGCAGAUAGCAUGUGUGGUCUCAAUUCUAGUUGUGGUAUACAACACAGAUUGGGAAAGAGAGUCUUUGAAGGCAAAAAGCUUGGUUGGAAAGAGUUCAUGUAAUGGCACUUUAGCACAUGGAGACCAAACAUUCAAAUGUGAAGAAGGUAUUGUCUUCCUCAAUGAGAACAACUUCGAAAAGGCCUUUGUUAAUUCAGCUUCUUGUCACAUUGAGCCUUCCUCUUUCUAUGAAGCCACCAAAGACCCCCGCUUGCAGCAGGCCAUGAAGUUGGAAUUGGAUGCCUUGAAGUCCAAUGGGACUUGGUCUGUGGUACCCUUUCCUCCUGGUAAGCGUCCUAUAGGCUGUAAAUGGGUGUAUAAAUGUAAGCUGAAUUCUAAUGGUUCUCUAGAAAGGUAUAAGGCAAGAUUGGUUGCUCAAAGUUUUUCUCAACAAGAGGGUAUUGAUUAUUUUGACACUUUUUUCCUGGUUGCUAAAAUUAGUUCAGUUCGCAUCUUGUUGGCAUUGGCCUUUAUUUCUGGUUGGUCCUUGACUGAUAUCAAUAAUGCUUUUUUGCACGGUGACUUAUCUGAGGAAGUUUACAUGCUUCCUCCUCCUGACUAUCACCAUGAGGGGGAGUGUUUACCUACUAACCUUCUUAAAGACCUUGGAGAUCUAAAGUAUUUUCUUGGUAUUGAAGUAACCCGUAGUAAAAAAGGCAUUGCCUUAAGUCAAAGAGAGUAUGCUCUUCAGAUUUUGGCAGAUUCUGGUUUUUUGGGAUGUAAACCAAAAACUUGUCCUAUGGAACCGAAUGUUAAAUUAUCCUUAGAAGAAGGAAAGUUACUUGAUGACCCUACUUCUUAUAGGAGGCUAAUUGAUACAAGAAGGUCAAUUACUGGUUUUUGUGUUUUUAUUGGAGAAUCACUUGUGUCAUGGAAAUCAAAGAAACAGAAUACUAUGUCAAUAUCCUCUGCAGAGGCAGAAUAUAAGGCAAUGGCUAAUGUUUGUUGUGAAUUGGUUUGGAUAAAGUCUUUGUUACGUGAUUUGUGCAUAAAGAAUGAUGGUCCAGCUUUAUUAUUUUGUGAUAACCAGGCAGCCAUUCAUAUUGCAGAAAAUUCAGUGUUUCAUGAAAGAACAAAGCAUAUAGAGAUUGAUUGUCAUUUGGUUAGGGAAAAGAUUCUCAAAGGUGAAGUCAAACCAUUGCACAUUGGCUCACAGAAUCAAUUAGUAGACUUGCUGACAAAGCCUCUAUAUCCUGCACACUUUACUCAACUUCUUGUCAAGAUUGGAAUUAUAAAUAUCUACUUCCCACCUUGA